AUGUCUUCGUUAGUAACAUCCAAACGUCAUGAAAAAACAUGCGUCGCGCCAUGGAAAAUGCCUAACCGUCCAAUAGCCAGCAUAACGUUUGACUCGGCAUUAUUAUUGGGUCAUUUCGCUCUUUACGAUAAUUUGCACGGAAGUGGGACGCAAAUAGCAGGGUUUUUUAAAAAAGGAUUAGGAAAGAACAGAUGGUUACCGCCAAAUUAUUCUUAUAAAUUUGUAGCAUAUAUGAGAUCCACGUGCGACAAUUUAACGGAUAAUGUAUACUUUCAAACAGACGUAACUUUUAACUUUUUACCAAAAAAAAGGGGGUUCAUCAACGAAGAAGGUGGCAUGGAUAAAGUGAUCAAGACUACCAUGUUUUCAUGGUAUUGGGGUCCUAAAAUUAAAAUUGCCAUCGUUGCUUUUGAAAACCACUCAUCAAAUGUGAGACGUAGAGAAAGUUGGGAAGAAAUUUCGUGCGCCGAUGUUAUCACCUUAAAGAAAGCCUUAACACUAUCAAAUAUUUUAGGAGAUGACGCUAUUGAUGAUGAUGAUUGA